GAUAAGGUAACUCGCCAACCACUCUUCUCACUACAUUUACACUUUUUUUAGAUUUCAUUUCACAUAUCCAAAAAAGAUCAAAAAAAAAAAAUGGAAUCUGAUCUCGUCUCCGAGCAUCCUCCCUUCAUCAGAAUCUACAAAGACGGUCGCGUCGAGCGUCUCACCGGCACCGAAAUCAUCCCAACGUCACUAGACGAGACCAACGACGUCGUUUCCAAAGACGUCGUGUACUCACCUGACCACAACCUCUCCGUCCGCCUCUUCCUCCCUCGCAAAUCCACCGCCACCGCAUGCACCACCAAAAACAAGCUCCCUCUCCUCAUCUACAUCCACGGCGGAGCCUGGAUCAUCGAGUCCCCUUUCUCUCCCACCUACCACAACUACGUAACCGACGUCGUCAGAUCGGCUAACUGCCUCGCCGCGUCUAUCCAGUACCGCCGCGCGCCGGAGCAUCCGGUUCCGGCGGCGUACGAGGACUCGUGGUCCGCCGUUCGGUGGAUCUUCUCGCAUUCCGACGGACGCGGUCCCGAGGAGUGGAUCAACGACCACGCCGACUUCGGUAGAGUUUUCGUCGCCGGAGAUAGCGCCGGAGCCAACAUGACUCACCACAUGGCGAUGAGAGCCGGCGAGGAGAAGCAGCUCGAUCGUCCCAAGAUCAUCAAAGGUAUCGCGGUUGUUCAUCCGGCUUUCUGGGGGACGGAGCCUGUCGACGAGCACGACGUGCAAGACAGGGAGGUGAGAAGAGGAGUCGGUGAGCUCUGGGCGAAGGUGGCGAGCCCGAACAGUGUCGACGGAGCGGAUGAUCCGCUGUUUAACGUGGUUGGAUCCGACUCGGAUCUUUCCGGGUUAGGAUGCGAGAAGGUUUUGGUCGCGGUGGCGGGGAAAGAUGUCUUUGUGCGGCAGGGUUUGGGGUACGCGGCGAAGCUGAAGAGGAGUGGGUGGGGAGGGGAUGUGGAGGUUGUUGAGGAAGCAGAGGAGGGACACGUGUUUCAUCUCCAGAACCCUAGUUCUGAGAAGGCUUCUAAGUUCUUGGAGAGAUUUGUCAAGUUUAUAACCACUGGUUGACCAACCAAUGUUCUUGUUGAUGAUAAUUACAUGUUGAGGAUAUUUGAUUUGGCUAAAGUCAUUAUGCUUGCAAGAAAUAAAAAUCCAUAGAUUUUGUUGAUC